ACGCGGGGUCCGGACGCGGAGUCGGAGUCUGGAGGCGGCCGCUGCCCGAGGCCCGCUCCCGCCAGUUUGAACAUUCCCGCGGUGACGGCGGCAGCUCUCGCGAGAACUCCGCCCCCCUGCCCGCCCCAUGCCGCCCCGCCCCCCGCGCGGCGGGUGAGCGAGCGAGUGAAGAAUGCAAGACCUAACAGCUCAGGUAACGAGCAGCCUGCUGCGGUUUCCAGAGGUCACUAUUCAGGCGCUUGGGGAAGAUGAGAGAACUCUCGAUUCUGUGCUGUGUGGGAAGAUUUCUGGAGGGAGAAAUGGCCUGGCGUGGUUGGCGUGUGGUCCUCAGCUUGAGGUAGUGAACUCUGUGACAGGAGAGCGUCUCUCUGCGUACUGUUUCAGCGGAGUAAAUGAACAGCCUCCCACCGUUCGUGUGGUAAAGGAGUUCUCCUGGCAGAAGAGAACUGGACUGCUGGUGGGCUUGGAAGAAGCAGAGGGAAGUGUUCUCUGCCUGUACGACCUUGGAAUAUCAAGAGUGGUUAAAGCGGUUGUUCUUCCAGGGCGGGUAACAGCUAUAGAGCCCAUAACGAAUCACGGCGGAGCCAGUGUGAGCACUCAGCACCUCCAUCAGACUCUGCGAUGGCUCUUUGGAGUGGCAGCAGUGGCUACGGAUGUCGGUCAUCUGCUCAUGGUUGACCUUUGUUUGGAUGAUCUGUCUUGCAGUCAGAAUGAAGUAGAAGCCUCAGAUCUAGAAGUUGUCACUAGAAUUCUGGCUGAAGUUCCGCAGAGAAGAGAAACUGUGACCAGAGAAGGGAGACAUCUCUGUUUUCAACUCCAAAACCCUUCAGGAACAGCCAUAUCAACCCUGUGCUACAUCAGCAGAAGCAAUCAGCUUGUUGCGGGUUUUUCAGAUGGCUACCUGUCACUCUGGAAUAUGAAAACUUUGAAGAGGGAGCACCACUCUCAGCUUGAAGGAGGAAGGAUUCCUGUCUAUGCGGUUACUUUUCAAGAGCCUGAGAACGACCCUCGCAAUUGUUGCUACUUGUGGGCUGUUCAGUCUACUCAAGAAAGUGAAGGUGAUGUUGUGAGUUUACACCUGUUGCAGUUAGCAUUUGGUGACAGAAAACGCUUGGCAUCAGGACAAGUCAUGUAUGAGGGCUUGGAAUACUGUGACGAAAGGUACAGUUUAGAUCUCCCAGGUGGAGUCUUUCCAUUGAGAGGGCAGACCAGCAAUACCAAAUUACUCAGCUGUCAGACUGUAGAAAAAUUUCGCAACCACGUUGACAGAGAAGAUAGCGUAAAUGAAGUAAUAUCUCCUGACACCAGUGUAUCAAUCUUUGGAUGGCAAGUGAACACAUAUGGUCAGGGAAAACCAUCUACUUAUUUGGGUGUAUUUGACAUUAAUCGCUGGUAUCAUGCUCAAAUGCCAGAUUCACUAAGGCCAGAAGAAUUCCUUCAUGAUUGCCCCUAUUUUGCGUUGUGGUCACUGGAUACUGUAGUAAGCAUGACUUCUCCAAACCUCAUUCUGGAUAUUGUGGUACAUGAGCGGAGCCUAAGUCGAGGAGUUCCUCCUUCUUACCCACCACCUGAGCAGUUCUUUAAUCCAAGCACCUAUAAUUUCGAUGGUACGUGCUUGCUGAACUCUGGAGUUGUUCACAUGACUUGCACCGGCUUCCAGAAGGAGACCUUGAAUUUUUUAAAGAAGUCUGGUCCUUCAAUAAGGGAAGCCAUCCAUGAUAGCUACAAUAGGUGCCUUGUAGCUGGCUUGCUGUCUCCGAGACUAGUUGAUGUCCAGCCAUCCAGUUUGAGUCAGGAGGAGCAGCUAGAAGCGGUCUUGUCAGCUGCUGUCCAGACAGGUUCUUUAGAACUUCUGACCGGAUGCAUUAAGCACUGGACAUCUGAAGAGCAGCCAAGUUCUGCUGCUAAUUUACGGUUUGUUCUUGAGUGGACGUGGAACAAAGUGGUCUAUACAAAAGACGAACUGGACCAAAUAUGUGUUCCGCUGUUUGAUGGCUCCUGCAACUUCAUUGACCCACAGACGUUACAGUCUCUUCAGCACUGCCAGUUGCUUUUCAGCAACCUUAGCACAGUCUUAAACUGUUUUCUCACAGAAGCACAAGAGCUCACGGAGAAAGGUUUUGCAGACUUGACGAAUAAGCAGGUGGUGACCAGCCUCAUCUCUCUGUACGCACAAGUGGUCCUCUGGUUCUGUCGAUCGAGUCUCCUGCCAGAGGGUUUAGAUGAGGAUAUGCAUUUGUCUAGACCUUUCUACAAUUACCCUCUGAUUCAGAGCUACUACGCUGGUCGUCGACAGAAACUUGAGCGUUUAUCAAGAGGAAAAUGGGAUUCUGACUGCUUGAUGAUCGAUGGAAUGGUUUCCCAGUUAGGAGACCAAGUUGAGAAGUUGUGGCAGAGAGAUGGAGGAGGAACUGGGAAAUAUCCACCUGCUAGUUUACAUGCACUGCUGGAUCUCUAUUUGCUCGAAAGUGUUGAAGAAAGCUACAAGCAUGCCAUUACAAUUUACUUGCUGCUGGAUAUCAUGCAUUCCCUUCCGAAUAAAAGGGAAACUUCAAUUGACUCCUUCCCAACUGCCUUUGCUAUCCCCUGGGGUCUUGUGAAGCUUAUUCAAGGCUUUUGGCUUCUGGAUCACAACGAUUAUGAAAAUUCCCUGGCCCUGCUCUUUCAUCCAGCCACAAUCAAAACUGUGUCGUGGCAACAUGUGAGAAUUAUUCAGUCCCUCAUGUGCCAAGGAGAGCAGAGGCAAGCCCUCAGAUACAUGCAGAUGAUGAAGCCAUCAAUCUCAAGCAAUAGUGAAGUGCGGCUUUUCCUCACUGUGCUGUUGUCCAAUAGGUGCAUGGUGGAGGCUUGGGCUCUGUUGCAGCAGCACACCACUAAGGUGAACGUAGAGGAGCUAUUAAAGCACAUGUAUGAAGUCUGUCAGGAGAUGGGACUCAUGGAAGAAUUACUGAAGCUGCCUUUCACAGACACUGAACAAAAGUGUUUGGAGAAGUUUUUGCAGACCAAUGCUGGUGUUCAGAAUCAAGAAAUUCUUUUAGUCCACCAUCUGCAGCGUGCCAACUAUAUCGCAGCACUACAGUUGAACCAGUCAAUGAAGGCUAAUCUUAUGAAUGAUCAUGAUCCUCGCUUGAGAGAGAGAGCGCUUGCCAGAAAUUCCAUAUUAGGCCAAUAUGGGAAGAUCCUUCCUAGAAUUCAGAGGAAGCUGGCUGUAGAGAGAGCCAAGCCUUACCAUUUGCCUUCAUCGGUCUUAAGAGCAGUCGCAAGACCAAAGCCAUUAUCGACAGUAACGAAACAAGCUCGUGCAGGAAAUGUGCAGACAAGAGCAACUUUCAUCAGUAACAUAUUGUCGAAAAUUGGCGACGUGUGGGUAGGAAAUGAGCAGAAACCCAGUUGCUCACAGUACGAUAGUCCUAGAGUUACAGAACCACCAGCCAUAACACAUCCUCUCCCUGAGGCAGAGUUGCGCGAUGCGUUUGUUGGGACACCAGUCACAAAAUUCUCGCAGAAAUGUUCCAGAUUGCUGGAUUUGGUGGUUCGUCCUGUUCCUUCCUGUUCUGCAGCACAGGGCGGUCUCUGGCAGUCACCAUGCACAGCUCCUGCUUCAUUCAUGGCAUCCAGCCCAUUGAAUUCAAAUACGCACGGUUCCAUCUCACAAAAGAACUGUUCAGCGGCAUCAGAGCUGAAUUUACUAAGGACUCCUCUUGUGGUCAAGAGAGCUAAACUUUUGGCCACAUCUGCUUCUGGGUUUGCUGGGUUUACUCCUCAGUCCAUUCUCAAAUCCAGCCUUCGCACCACACCCCUAGCAACUCCCUCUGCAUCUCCAGGGCGAUCAGUUACUCCUCCGCUACGAGCAAGGAAACGAAGAGUAUCUUUCAGGGAAGAGAACCUGACUGCAAAAUGGACUGUUGGGGAAAAGGCAACAGAAGAUGACAAAGCACUACCUGGAGCUUCAUGCGAGCAUCAUCGUGGAGUGACGGAGGAUGCUUGGUCUGAAAGUAGAGCUCAAGCAACUCUGUUUACUCUGAGCAAUCCUGAGGAUGAUGGUGCUGAAAUGGAAGAGUCUUCAGAAAGCAUACCUGGAGAUGGUUUGGAGAUAAUGGAUGCCAGCGAAGAAAAUAGUAACGUCUCUGCCAGGUCAGACCAAACAACCUUGGAGUAUCACGAUGCAAAGUCACCUGGCGGUUUUGAAGACGAUGUCAUCUUCAUAGCUGCCAAACCAGCUAACUCUUCCACUGAAGAAACUGCCGAUUUUCAAGAGCUGGGGAAGGAAGAAGACAGUGAAAUGGUUGAAGAGAAACCUUUCCAGAUGGAGCAACCAGAUUCACCAGACCUGAGAGAAGAAGCUGGCUUUGUGGAAGACUCAAAUGCCGACUGCCUCCCCCUUCCUGAGGAUGGUCACUUGGCAUUCGAAGCUGCUGAGGCUGCUACUUUUGGGACUGCGAGUGAAAGUGAAACAAACGGCCAGGAGUGGAAAAUGUCCUCUGCACCAGAAGAAGCAGCCACACCAGCUGUAACAAAUCCGCAGCGUUCUGAGUCCCCGGAGGCAGACAGCCAAUGUGUGAUAAGCAUCCUUGAGAGUGAGGAUGUGGUCAGUACUCCUUCAGAAAAUCACCUGGAGGGCAAGUGUGUGGAUUUACCUAAAGAACAUAACCUAGAAGCAGCUGAAGCUGAAGAAAAUGUUGCUUUUCCACAGGAAGAAAGAACUGUUUCCAACAAUCUUCCUAAAACUGAUGACUUUAAUGUUAUUCAAGAUGGUGCGGUUAAGGCACAAAGCUCCGAGGAAGCACCUGAAACAUCACCCUUUAGUGAACUACAUCCAUCAGGCAUUCUUCGAUACAGCUACGAUACUAUAGAGCAACGUUUUGCGUGUGAUUUGCCUGACAGUAGAGAGAGCGAGUGUGAUGCAGCUGAGGGAGAUGGAGAGCUUUUCAUAUCUCAGAGUAACUUUACUUUAGUCUUGGAAGGAGAAGAAGGUGAAGCGGAGAUAGGAGACCCUUCCUUAGUAGAUGCCUCUAAGCCGGCUGGCACGACAGCAGAGGAAAAACCUGUGGACGAUUUAGGAAAGGAAGAACACGCUACCAACUCAGUGUCCACUGUAACUAGUGACCAGGAGUCUCAAAACAUCGCCGAGUCGCUCCCGUAUGUGCCUGAACCCAUUAAGGUAGCUAUUGCUGAGAACUUACUGGAUGUAAUCAAAGACACAAGAAGUAAAGAGUUUACAUCUGAGCUUGUAGAACAAUCAAUUCAUGAAACCAUAGGUAAAAAGGUAGUUCCAGAUUCCAGAUUCCAGAUUCCAGAUUCCAGAUUCCAGAAGGCAAAAGCCCCCUUAACAACUGUGCCAGAAGGAGUGGAAGAGGAACCCGGCAUACAUCAAGUAGAGUAUGUCACCACUCCUCGAACGCGCACAAGGGGUCAACUGAGUCGAAGUCUAAGUAUUCCAUUGGCGGGCGAUCAGCAGCUACGGAAGACAGACAAACCAGUUUUGUUUGGACUGUCUCCUCGGAGAAGUACCAGGCGAACAAAGGAAGCGCCUGAGACUUCUAGUCUUCAGAGAGAAGGAAAUGCUCAAGAGGGGCAACUGCCUGUGACCCCUGCUACUCCCAGGAGAGGGAGGAAGCCUAAAGUGGCUAAUUUAGUAAAAGUAGAAAGUAGCCAAUCCGAUGGGCAAAGAUUGCCCGUCAGCGCGCAGUCCAUAGCCGUUCCUCCAAGAAGAGGAUUAAGGAGAGCAAAGGAAGCUGCAUCUGAACUCUUGGAAGAGGCUACUGAGGGAACUUCUCCUGCUGAAGGUAGCGUUACUGGUUCUGCUACUUCCAGAAGGUCUAGAGGAGGAAAAAGCUCAGCAGGAGAUGAAGAAACUGGCCAGGCUGACACUCAUCAUAGGAUAAAAACAGCAGUCAGCCCCAGCAGAAGUGCAAGAAAACUGAAAAGCGUGAAUUUACAACUUACUGAGAAUACUGUCAAGGAUCAGGAGGUGCAGCCUCAUGACCAACUCCUUUUACCCGUGCCAACUACAAGAGGCAGAAGAAGAAAGAGAAGUUUGUCAGAAGUUUCUGAAACUUCUGACCUUGAUCUGUCUAAAUCAUUGCUUCCUCAAACAGAAUUCAAACUUCCUCUCACUCCUAGAAGAAGUGCUAGGAGGGGGACACAAAGUCUCUUGGCAAACACAGAAUCUACCUCUGCUCAGGAAGACGUACACGCGGGUGGGAAAGGGGAAGUCCUUGAUACUCCUAAGAGAAGAACAAGAAGAGUUCCACAGGCUAAACCAGGAAAAAUGGAUACUCAUGAGCAAACGCCUGCACAGCCCAACGAGGGAUCAGCCACACCCAGGAGUACAGCGAGGACGGGGCGUCGGGGCAGGAAGAGACAAUUGAUACUGGAGCAGAGCACAGGGGAGGAGGCCUUUCGCCCAGGACCUGAUGGCACGCCUCUGCUGCUUGAAGACAUAAACCCAUCAGGACACGAUGAAAGAUCAAGAACUUGGACAGACCGUGUUACAAGAACCACAUCCCGCAAAACUGCCACGCAUCAGAAGCCCUCUCUUGAGGAACAGGAGUCCUUUGUUUUCUCUCCUCCCCUGACAAAGCUGACGCAGAAAUUUAAAGCUGGAAAAGCAGACCAUCCUGUGCAGUUGAAGGAUUUAGACCCGGACUUGUCUUCUGAAUUUGUCUUUUCACCCCCUCUUUUGAGGUCAAGGAGAAAAAAUGUGUCUGGCACUUCCCAAAGUGUGAAAGAAGCUGAGCUUCCAACUAAAGAGGAAGAGGAUACGAAAUCCAUAGAGCCUGUGGGAAAGCAAAAAUUGAAGAGAGGUAGAACUGCAAAAUCAAAAAUGAAGAAAGCCAGCAAAACCCCACGACUGGAAGGUUCUUGGUCACCUCCACCAGUGGAAAUAAAAGUCAUCUCUCCUUUAGGAAGUCCAGUGGAUGGAACAAAAAGCAAACAGAAAGAAACCGCAGAGGCGGCGGAGAGGACUGUACGAAAGACCAAAAAAAGACUGUCAAAUUUCCCAAAGCCAGUUGUGCGCCGGAAGAUGCUGUAACAGUUUUUUAGCUUUCUAACGUACACCACUCUUUGUAAAGUCAUCAGAAUUGUGUCCAUUAGUAAAAAGAAAAACUCAUCUAAUUUGGAAGAGAUAAUUUAUAUAAAUUAGUGUAAAAUUUCAUAAACAAAUGGUCUUCAAUAAGUAACUCCAUACGGAGUGGGAUUCCUUCAGCCAAUGCAGUUUUCUAUUUUAUAUUAAGACUUCAUACAUUUAUAUGAUCUGUAAAUACAGCUUAUUUUAGGAAUGUUGAAUAAAAAUGUAUACUUCACAAUACGCUCACUGUCUGAUAGCUUUUUGAGGCAAUAGUGGCUUGAAUGGCCUGUAUCGCUCAGAAAUGUUACUGUUGGUUUGCAAGAGUUGCUGACCCUGAGAAGUGAGGCCAAAAGCUUCUCAAGCUUUUUAAAAGUUUGCUUAGAACUCCUGUAACAACACUUGAAACGUACUAGUUGGAAUUCUAUAAAUGGUGUUUGACCGUCUGGCUCAAAUAAUCGGCCUCACACUACAAACUGGUAACUCCUUACAUUCACGGUUACGUUGUACUGUAUCGAAGUCAGAAUGUAAACAGUUGUAUUUUAAGUUGUGCAAUAUUUUUUUUGUACCUGUCUGUCUGAAACUUUGGCAAAGCUGCUCUUUAGUUCGUAAAACUACGUCACACCUCAGAUGUUUCACUGCUUUUUACCAUUUGUUGUCAGCAAAAAAUUAACUGUGCAGAGGGCGUGAUGGUUACAAUAGCAUAUCAAAUUUAAAGGGAUACUGCCCACAUGCUUUGACAUUUGAGCCACAAUUCUUUUCAUAAGGUUCAUAGGAAUGCUACUGUAACGGAAAUUGUUAUUUUCUGUCAACAUAUCUUGCAAUAUUUGAAGGCUGCAUGUCACAGCGCUGAAAACCUGAGGUAAAGCUAACACAACAGUCUGGAAAAGGUACAAAAUGUACAGAAUUCUUAGUCACAAACCAUAUUUUUGGAUAAUUGUUUCAUGAAUAAUCUUGGGUUCUGGAGUAAAUGUCCCUAUAAAGCUUCCAUUUGUAAAAAUAAAUUUUAAAAACCCUAUUCUUUUAAAAGCAGACACGGAAGUACUAUUUUGAUGGGCAGUCUUUUAGACAAUGGAUUAUUUUUAUGUAUGUUAAUUUAUAUAUGGAUGCAACUUUGCAGACUACAGAAUGGUGGAACCUGACAUUAAACUUUUCAAUUAGUAAAAACUA